UUGCGGACCUGUGGUGGUGCUUCAAUUGAAAUCAAUUAACUUCAUACGUUUUAUAUUUGCAUAGAAAUUUUUCAAAAAAUAUUGAAAUUUUCAUGAAAAUUAAUUUAGAAUUCAAAUAAGCAAGAUUUGAUGGCAAUAAUUAAAUAAAAAAAUUAUCAGCAAACCAAACAAAAAAAUUAUAGCGAGCGUCCAGUGUAUCAAUCAAUCACAAACAAAAAAGUGCCUAACGCAGAGAGAAAUGCAAGCGAGAAAGGCAUAUAAAUUCAAUUUCAUUGUAUUGAAAGAGAGUGGGAAAUGUUAAAAACUACAGACCUGAGUGUAUUUUUCUUUUAUGAGAGAUAUUGAGUGCUGUGGACUUUUUCGAUUAAUAGGUACAAGUAGAAGUGUGACGCUUAUUUUCUUAUCGUGCUUUAAUGGCCUUUCGGUGCACUCUGCUUAUGACGCGCUAAAAUUUUGCUCACGCCUUCGCUUAUCAGAAGAAUUAUUUGCUUUAUAAUAGUUUCACAAUUAAAAUCAUUAAGCUAAUAUACACAAAUUGUACAAAAUAUACAACAAUGUCUCCUCUUAAUGAAGUGAGCAUUUAUACGUUGCUGAGAAUGGCGUUCGUUUGGCAGCUACUUUCGUUUGGUGUCUACUUGGUCGGUCUGCUGGCCAUCGCGACAUUCUUCUUGGAUAAUUUCAAAUCGCUUGUGUCGAUAGUGAAGGCAAUUUUGGAGCCAUAUUUUCAGCCGCAAGUGCCGCAAACGUUGGUGGAAAAAUUUGGAAAGUGGGCAGUAAUCACCGGUUCAACGGAUGGCAUUGGUCGGGAGUAUGCUAAAGAAUUGGCCAAACAAGGCAUCAAUGUGGUGCUCAUUUCACGUACAAAGGAAAAGCUCAUGGCGGUGACAGAGGAGAUUGAAUAUGAGUACAAAGUGAAGACAAAAUGGAUUGUCGCAGAUUUCGCCAAGGGGCGCGAGGUGUAUUCGCACAUUGAGCGAGAACUGAGUGGCAUACCUGUUGGCAUACUUGUUAACAAUGUUGGCAAAAUGUAUGAUUACCCUGAUGAACUCUCCAAAAUACCCGAAAACGUCAUUUGGGAUUUGAUCAACAUCAACGUAGCUGCCGUCACCAUAAUGUCACGAAUGCUCAUACCGCAGUUAAAGAAACAGAAUCGAGGAGCUAUUGUUAAUAUAUCGUCCGGCAGUGAACUACAGCCUAUACCAUAUAUGGCAGUUUAUGCAGCAACCAAGCGCUAUGUGAAAUGCUUCUCGCAGGCGAUCGAACGUGAAUUGGCGGAGCAUAAUAUCACGGUACAGUGCGUCACUCCACUCUUUCUGGUUACAAAAAUGAAUCAGUAUUCGGAUACCGUUAUGAAGGGUGGCUUUCUGAUACCGGAUGUGAAGAAUUUCACACGUUCGGCGGUAUUCACACUGGGCAAAACAGCUGAGACGACUGGUUAUUGGACACAUGGAUUGCAGUACUUCUUCAUGAAACUCGGUCCAGAGUGGCUUCGCAUACGUAUUGCCCAUAUGAUGACACGUAAACUGCGUCGAGAGUACCUGGUGAGCCAUGGAGAAAAGGCAUGAAAGACUGAUUGAUAGGAAGCAUAUAAUUUUAAUUUUAAUUUUCUAAUACACACAUACUCAUGUACAUAUACAUAUGUAUGUAUAUUUACUUUCACAUUAUUGUUUUUAAUAUUGCAUCUCUUAUUGACUAAUGCAAUAAAAAUAAAAAGUUUUU